AAAGGCAAAGCAUACUAGCGGCGACUCGGCUCUCCGAAUUUCUGAAAACCUCCUCCUCUCUCCAUCGCCCUCUCUCUCUCUCUCUCUCUCCCCGCACGUCCUUCUCUGCACAACCGGCUUGCUGUCGGAAAACGUUAGCCGGAAAACCGCCUUGUUCCGCCGGAUCUGCCGUCGUGCUCGUAGAGAUUCCUAUGCUUUCUUGCCUCUCGUAGUGGAAUUAGCCAGCGGAGCGGAAGCAAGGAAGAGAAGCAUGGGAAACGCGAACGUCACCGAGGGAGGGGGCGAGAAUGCCGCUCAAGAGCGCGGCGCGAGACCGGACGGCGCCGGGGAGAACCUUCCGGAUGGUCUUCCAGCGGGGUUCCCGCCUGUACCCGGUCGGAUUGCCAGGCCGCUAUCUCCGCCGCAGAGCCCCAGAAGGUCGCGAUCUCCGAUGCUCUUCGCUCCGCCGACUUUUCAGGUGCCUGUACCUCCACUGGACAGACCUUCAGAACUCCAUUGCAUGUCCAAUGAGCCUGGGGCAAAUCACGCCUAUGAAUCCAUGGACAUUCCUCAAGAGCCGGGAAUCCCAGUUCUAAUCACCUGGAGCUUUGGUGGCAAUGAUGUUGCUGUUGAAGGUUCAUGGGACAACUGGACGUCAAGGAAGACAUUAAUGAGGUCAGGAAAGGAUCAUGUUCUCCUGUUGGUUCUCCCAUCUGGUAUUUAUCACUACAAAUUUAUUGUAGAUGGUGAAUGGAGAUAUAUACCUGAUCUGCCCUGCAUAUCAGAUGAGACGGGCCAUGUUAAUAAUCUUCUUGAUGUGCAGGACUAUGUCCCAGACUGUGUGGGAAACACAGAAGAGUUUGAGCCUCCGCGUUCACCGGAUUCAAGCUAUGACCAGCCUUCCCCAGUCAUGGAAGAUUUUGCAAAAGAGCCGCCUCUGGUUCCACCUCACGUUCAUCUCACAGUUCUUGGAAUGGAGGACGCUCCUGAGUUGCCUCUGAGACCUCAUCACGUGGUUCUGAACCAUCUCUUCAUAGAGAAAGGUUGGGGAUCCGAGUCACUUGUGGCACUCGGUUUAACCCACAGGUUCCAGGAGAAGUAUGUCACUGUCGUUCUGUAUAAGCCAUUAAGAAGGUGAAAGACUAACAGUGUACAUAUAUCGUGUCCCCAUUUCUGUUCACUCAAAUGGCAUGUCUGUUAAAUAGACCAGACUUUCUCGUUUCUCUCGUC